CGCAGUUCUUAAGUUUUCCUAAACCCGUGUAAGCCAUGUGUUAAUCCUCGUACGUAUGUGUGCUUGCAUAUUAAAGUAGACAAGUGUGUGUAUACAGCAUGUGUGGGGUCCUGCAUAACGGAAGUUGAUGCUGGUUAAGGCAGAGAACGAGUUACAUAAGUCGAACUGUGUGUGUGAGAGAGAGAUACAGAGAUGCUGCUGUCUGAGUAAGUUCUAUCUGUGACAGGAAGACGACGAGGUGUGACAGGAAGAAAAAAACGAAAGAGGCAGAAGAGACGGGUGUUGUGCAUGUGCACUCAGGAAUGCAGUACGAGCACUAAAACAACAACAAAAAAAUGGUAGUGGAUAGUAGGAGGAAAGAGUGGAUAUACACGAGGGAACAAGGUGAGAGAGACAUGGAUCAAAAUGCUGAUACCAAAAUCAGCAUUUAACAUCUAAUAAACAUACAGUCGCAUGAACACGUACAGCAUAAACAUUGGAAUGGAGAGGAGCUCACAAAUUCCUUGGCAGGACGACUGCUACAUGGUUCUUAAAUCCACACCAAAACCAGGAAAUCACAAGAAGAUGGAGGAUGCUAGUUGGUUACGCAAGAAUCAGAAAUCUUUGCAACGUUUCAUCACUGAACCAUUACUCACGGACAUAGUCAACCACAUGAGGAAGGUGGAUGAGCUGAGUGCAGAAGGGGCAGGAAUUAUCAAGGAGGCAGGAUCAUUGGAGGAUAAAGUGCAUGCAGCGAUUGAGCUGCUCUUUAGGGGUGAUCCGCAGGGCACCGCCCUCCAGGCAUACCUGAAGAGCUCGCACCCGGACGAGUAUAACCUCAUAACUUUUCAUGACGUCGUUGCUCAGCAACAUAAAGACAGCCUCCUCCGGCAAGUCAGAGAGGACAAUGAGAUUGUAUCAUCCAAUCAAACAUCUGACCCUGCCCUGUUACUGGUCGAUGGUGUGUCUGACCUGCAACAGAGAGAGCACGAUCUCAUUCAAGUGUCAGUCAACCGAGGAGUGGGGCCUUUGCACAGUCGUCCGCUGGGACUGGAUAAACUCUUUGCUCCACUGACAAGGGUUAGCACCGCCCCUCGUGUCACACUGACAAUAGGUGUGGCUGGAAGCGGAAAAACCCGACUGGUCCACAAAUUCAUCCAUCAGUGGAGCUCAGGAAAGAUAUUCCCAGAGUUGAGCUUAGCAAUUCCUAUUGCAUGUUGGGAAUUGAGCAGCUUUGAUAGAUUGUCACUUGAGAGGUUGCUUCGAUUGGUUGUUCCAUAUGAUAACAUUGACGUGAUUUUGAACAGUCGUAUCUGUAAAGUGCUGUUGAUCGUUGAUGGAUUGGAAGAAUUUCGCUCCCCUCUUGACUUCUCAGAGACCCCGGUAACUUCAGAUCCACGUCGGGAGCUUCCAGUGUCCGAUCUCAUUACAAACAUUAUCAGGGGCAACUUGUUACCUGGGGCUUCAAUGUGGCUUUUGUCAAGGCCUGGAGUUGGGGCAAAAGUACCCGCAGGGUUGGUGGAUCGUGUGACAGAGGUCCCACCUUUUUUGCAUGCUCAGAUUCAGGAUUACAUCAAGUAUGAAAACUUGCCAGAGAACUCAUACACACAACACGAGCAGUCCAAUCUGUCAGACUCUCAAACACAAACAGCAGAGGACAAAUCUUGCCAGGCAUGGGAGCACCUACAGUUCCAGAAACCCUUGCUCAUUCUUUGUUCAGUGCCUUGCAUUUGUCGUAUUGUUGCAUCCACCUUGUCCCACCUUGUGGGGAGAGACAUGGAUGAUAUACAUCUACCACGAACUCUGACGGAGGUAUACACCCUCUACUGUUGGCCACAUCUCUCUUCCAUAGAUCCAUCCGGUGGAAACAUCCGGAAGCCGCUUGGCAAUCUUGGACGACUGGCCUUUUACAGUCUGCUGCGCCAACGUCAUACAUUUCUUGAGCCUGAAUUACGAACUUACGGUGUUGACAUUCCACCAGCACCAGGAUCUCUGGGACAUCGGCUCCUUCGACGUGAGCAGAGCUGGUCUUCAGAAUCAGUCUCAUGGCGGUUUGUACACACGUCUGUGCAGGAGUUUCUUGGUGCACUCUUCUAUUAUGUGUCCUCACGCAGAGGAAUGUUUGAUCUGUUCUCUGAGAGCAGUGUUUCAUGGCCUCGGAUUGGAUUCCAAAACCAUUAUCGUGCUGCACUCCAGAAAACUAGCACCUCAUCCAAUGGCAAACUCGACCUCUUUAUGCGCUUCCUCUCUGGCCUGUUGUCCUCAGCAGUCGGGGCUCUGCUGGGCGGGGCUUUGGGAGUAAGCCGAGAAGAGCAGGUGACGCAGCGCACCAUGGCAAUGACCCUGCUUCAGAGUACGGUGGUAGCAUCAGGAGGUGAGGCGGUUAGCAUGCGUAGUGUGGCUACAGUCGCUUGCCUGGCAGAGUUACAGCAGAUGGAGUGGAUACGCUCUGUAGAGGAGGAUCUGACCUGCUCCAGACUACAUGGAAAGCUGAAAGGUGGGGUUUGCACAGUGCUGGCGUAUCUGCUGCAGGUGUCAGAGUCAUGUGCCAAGGAGACACAACUCUCAAACUGCCUGGAUUCUGGCUCCUUCAAGCAACUUCUCCCACAGCUUUUAUACUGCAGCAACUUGAGAAUGGAAAAUAACAAAUUUAAGGAUGAUGCAAUGGAGCUCCUGGGAAGUUUACUAAGUGCCAAAGACUGUCAUAUUCAAUCACUAAGUAUGGCAGAUAGCUCGAUUAGCAGUAAAGGGAUCAAGCCACUGAGUAGAGCGCUUCUGGUCAAUCGGACUCUCACCGCACUGGAUCUCCAUGGCAACAACAUUGGCACCAAAGGAGCCAAAACAUUGGCAGAGGCACUAAAGAUGAACCAGGUUAUCGUGACAGUCAAUCUCCAGAGUAAUCAGAUAGAGGACGAGGGAGCUCGCGCACUGGCCGAGGUUUUGCAGUCAAACAGGAAACUCAUCACACUAAAUGUUCAAAAGAACAACGUAGGCCCAGAGGGGGUGAAGAGAAUUGCAGACGCGCUCAAAAAGAAUCAGACAUUACAAGAGCUCAAUGUUUCUGGCAAUCAUUUGGGAGAUUUGGGCGCACUGGCAUUGGCGCAAGCACUCGCUGUCAACCAUACACUCCAAACUCUAAGCCUCCGAAGUAACUCUGUUAGCGACAGGGGCAUGAAGGCUCUGACUCAGGCCUUGCGCUACAACAAAGCCCUUACUAAACUCAACCUUAGGGAGAACUCCAUCGGAGUUGAAGGUGCUCGAGCCAUCGCUCGAGCUUUACAAGAGAACCACACACUCAGGGAACUUGAUCUCACGGCCAAUCUUCUUCAUGAUGAAGGUGUGAAAGCCAUCGCAGCAGCAGUGAAAGUCAACAGAGCUCUGACAUCUUUGCAUCUCCAGUGGAACUUUAUGAAGGCUGGAGCAGCUAAAGCUCUAGCCCUGUCUCUGCAAGAUAACAAGUACAUCCAGCUCCUGGAUCUCCAGGAAAAUGCUCUGGGUGAUGAUGGUGUUGUCGCACUGGCAGGCUCGCUAAAGGCUAACUCUUCCCUCAUGGUGCUCUAUCUCCAGGGUGUAUCGGCGGGCGAGGCAGGUGCCGUGGCACUGGCUGAAGCUCUGACGGUCAACCAAAGCCUCCACACACUCGAUCUUCGUGGUAACUUCAUCGGCAUGGGCGGAGCUAAGGCUCUCUCCAGUGCGCUGAAGACCAAUCGGAGUUUGAGAAGUUUGAAUCUGCAGGAGAACUCUUUGGGAAUGGAUGGAGCCAUUUUCAUCGCUACGGCACUCAGAGGAAAUCAUCAACUGACCUAUAUAAAUCUUCAGGGUAACGGAAUUGGCGAGUCGGGAGCGAAGGUUGUUUCGGAUGCUAUACGAGCUGACGCGUCGGAGUGUGUGGUGGACAUUUGAUGAGUGCACACACACACACACACACACACACACA